AUGACUUCGACGACCUCAAAUUCGACAACCUCUUAUUCGACGACCUCGACUUCGCUCGACGACCUCGACUUUGGUGACCAUGACUUCGAAGAUCUUGACUUUGUCAAUCUUCAGUUCGACGACGUGGACUUCGACGACCUUGACUUCGAUGACCUCGAGUUGGACGACCUUGACUUCGAUGACCUCGAGUUUAAAGAUAUUUCAACCGACGACCUUGUGUUCGACGACCUACAAUUCGACGACCUUGACUUCGACGACCUUCAAGUCAAAGAGCUUGACUUCGACGACCUCCAAUUUGACGACCUCCGAUUCGACCUCGACGACCUCGACUUUGGUGACCAUGACUUCGAAGAUCUUGACUUUGUCAAUCUUCAGUUCGACGACGUGGACUUCGACGACCUUGACUUCGAUGACCUCGUGUUGGACGACCUUGACUUCGAUGACCUCGAGUUUAAAGACAUUUCAACCGACGACAUUGUGUUCGACGACCUACAAUUCGACGACCUUGACUUCGACGACCUUCAAGUCGAAGAGCUUGACUUCGACGACCUCCCAUUCGACGACCUCCAAUUCGACGUCAUCGGCUUCGGUUACCUUGCCUUCGACGACCUUGACUUUACCAAGCUUCAGUUCGACGACCUCGACUUAUUUGACCCUGACUUCGACGACCUCAAAUUCGAAGACCUCAAAUUCGACGACUUCUAA